GCAAGUCUACUUUGUCUGCCAGUCCCAGUUGUCUAAUCAACAUAUUUAUCUCACUCCCGUGCUUCAAAUCACUUUUCCUUCUUCCUCCCUUUUACGAUCGUGCCUCUAGUCUUUUUCGGUGCAUUAGACAGAGACUCUUCUUGCUCCCGAGCUUCAUAUCCAGCCUCAACUCCCCAUCUAUCCUCAAACCCAGAUUUUUUGUCCACCCCGACUACCAUCAUGUCUUCAGCAGUUGCGCGAUUGGCCAACCUCAAGGUUGGUCCUGCGCAGUCCGAACCCAGUGGUGAUUUCGGUCUCAUCGGCCUUGCGGUCAUGGGCCAGAACUUGAUCUUGAAUGCCGCUGAUCAUGGCUUCACCGUGGUUGCGUUCAACCGAACCGUCUCCAAAGUCGACCGUUUCCUCGAGAACGAGGCCAAGGGCAAGUCUAUCGUGGGUGCCCACUCCAUCGAGGAGUUCUGUGCCAAACUCAAGACCCCCCGCCGUAUUAUGCUCCUCGUCAUGGCCGGCCCCGCAGUCGACGACUUCAUUGAGAAGUUGCUUCCAUUCGUCGAAAAGGGUGACAUCAUCAUCGAUGGAGGAAACUCCCACUACCCUGACAGCAACCGCCGCACCCAGUACCUUGCCGGGAAGGGCAUUCGAUUCGUUGGAGCUGGUGUCUCAGGUGGUGAAGAAGGUGCUCGUUAUGGCCCAUCUCUCAUGCCCGGUGGUAACGAAGAGGCUUGGCCAUAUAUCAAGGAUGUUUUCCAGAGCAUUGCUGCCAAGUCGGACGGCGAGCCCUGCUGCGACUGGGUCGGAGAUGAGGGUGCUGGUCACUACGUCAAGAUGGUCCACAACGGUAUCGAGUACGGUGAUAUGCAGUUGAUCUGCGAGGCUUAUGAUGUUAUGAAACGCGGUCUCGGAAUGAGCUACAAGGAGAUGGGUGACGUCUUUGCCGAGUGGAACAAGGGCGUACUUGAUUCUUUCCUCAUUGAAAUCACCCGAGAUGUCCUCCGCUACAACGACGAUGAUGGCACACCUUUGGUUGAAAAGAUCCUCGAUUCAGCCGGUCAGAAGGGUACUGGCAAAUGGACUGCCAUCAACGCUCUCGACCUGGGCAUGCCUGUCACCCUGAUUGGUGAGGCUGUGUUUGCCCGUUGCUUGAGUUCUCUCAAGGAUGAGCGUGGACGUGCUGCCAAGGUUCUCAGUGGACCUACCCCUACCUUCACCGGCGACAAGGCUGCUUUCCUCAAGAACCUUGAGCAGGCUCUCUAUGCCUCCAAGAUCAUCUCCUACGCUCAAGGUUUCAUGCUGAUGCAGACAGCCGCCAAACAAUACGGAUGGAAGCUGAACAAACCAUCCAUUGCGCUCAUGUGGCGUGGUGGUUGCAUUAUCCGCUCUGUCUUCUUGAAGGAUAUCACCGCUGCCUACCGCGCUGAGCCCGAUUUGGAGAACUUGCUCUUCAACGACUUCUUCAACAAGGCCAUCCACACUGCGCAAGAUGGCUGGAGAGACGUGGUUGCCUUUGCCGUCAAAGCUGGUAUCCCCACCCCUGCUUUCAGCACCGCUCUGGCCUUCUUCGACGGAUACCGCACCAAGGACUUGCCUGCCAAUCUUCUGCAAGCUCAGCGUGAUUACUUCGGUGCACACACCUUCCAGGUCAAGCCAGAGUAUGUAGGCGACAAGUACAAGGCUGGAUCGUACACUCACGUCAACUGGACUGGACGUGGUGGCAACGUGUCUGCCUCUACAUACACCGCAUAGAGCAUUGACUCGACUUCGGUCAAUCUGCUCAGACAUGUUGUGGUCUAUAUGUUUGAAGCAAUGCGUAUACUUGUCUGAGACAAAAUCAGGUCUACGAGGCUUGUCAUGGAAUGUUGUGUUCUAUGGAAAAAAUUAGAACGAGCUGCGUAUUGGUCAUUCGACCCCGCUUCAGAAAAAAAUACGAGUGCAACAGGCUCGGACUAUGCCCUUGCCCCCCAAAAUUCAAAUAUAGAGCAGGAUCAAUACAUGAUAUGUCUGCAACAGUGUGUUAAGAUUGACGUGCAAAUAAGACUGGUGUAAUUGUAGAUGAUGAUAUGAUCGUCGAUGAGUGUGUUUGUC